AUAUCGCUCUAGAUUUUGGGCAAUAUUUUCUGGCCACCUUUGAUUCAAGACACCCCCAAAUUAUGGCGAUUGAUUUGAGGAAGAAUAAAGAUACGCUAACAAAAGCGUAUGAAAAAGUUGUGGAUGAUAAAGAUGACACGAAUUGGGCUUUAUUUGGAUAUGAAGGACAGACUACAGUUUUAAAAGUUAUUGAAACAGGAAAUGGAGGGAUUGACGAGAUGGCAGAUGAGCUCAGUAGUGGCAAAAUGUUGUAUGGCUACUGCAGAAUUCAGGAUCCCAAUACUGGCCUUUUCAAAUAUGUCCUCAUUCACUGGACAGGAGAAGGUGUUCCUGAAAAUCUUAAGCUCAAAUACACAUCACACCUGAAAGAUGUACAAAGUUUUUUAAGGAGCAUUCACAUAACAGUCCCUGCACGCUCAGAACAGGACAUAGAUGCUGAUGAUAUAGCAAAAAAGGUUGCAAAAUCAUCCGGUGCAAAUUACAGUUUUCACAAAGAAAAAGCAAAGCCAGUUGAGCCAGCAGGCCCUGUGGGCACAGAUUACCAGAGAAUCAUUCCAACUAAAGAAAUUAAUAUUGGGUCCAGGGACCAGUUUUGGGCUAAGGCAGAGAAAGAUGAAAUUGAGAGACAAAGACUAGAGAAAAUUCGACUAGAGGAGGAAAGGAAGAAAGCUGAAGAAGAAAGGAAAGAAAGAGAGGCUAAAGAAACCAGGCAACGUGAACAAAGGAUCUCACAGCACAUGAGCACUGUGAACCAGCAGAGGCAAGCGGAGAAGAGAGCUGAAGAGGAAAAUAAGGAACAGGAGAAAAGGAGAUGGGAGGAAACACAGAAGGAAUCACUAGUGGAUGAAAAUGAACGUGGGCACCGCAGUGAUCAGCUGAGGAAAGAAAGAGCAGCUGAGGCAGCUCAGAUGGUCUCUUCCACUACCACCAGUGCUAGAGAUUUCUUUAAACAAAAAUCUGUGGAGAGGCCCGGAGUUCCCCAGAGGGCACCACCACCCCCAAAAAAAAUUAUGCCUGCCUUUGGAGCCAAGGAAGAAAGCAGUGAAUCCGCUCCCCCUGCUAGAAGAGAACCUAUUAAACUGCCGAAAAGUGCUGGGCCGCCCCCACCCCCAGCCAGGGAACCUGAACCAGAGCCUGAACCUUCUUAUGAGCCUGAACCAGCUUAUGAGCCUGAACCAGCUUAUGAGCCUGAACCAGCUUACGAACCUGAGCCAGAGCCAGCUUAUGAACCUGAGCCAGUUGCCUCCCCUGUCACAUCACGCACGCCUGAUUUAUUGCGCAGUAGCUUGCCACCACGUCAGGACUCAGAUGCUGAAGAAAGCAACGAUCAAGAAUGGGAAGAGCCACCAGCAGAAGAUUUUGAGUUCAGAGAAAAACGUGUGCCCUCAUAUCAUGAAGAUUACUCAGCAGCAGGUCAACAUGCUGAGACCCAGUCGCAUCGCAUCAGCGGAGCUCAGCAUUUCACGGAGCAGGAAGAGGAGCAGGAAACAGAGCAAGAGCGCACAAUCCCCUCCACCCCUGUUGCAACAGACCAAGGCAAAUGUGCCCGGGCAUUAUAUGAUUACCAAGCUAGUGACGACACAGAGAUCAGCUUUGACCCUGACCAAAUUAUCACAAACAUUGAAUUCAUAGACAGUGGCUGGUGGCAAGGCUUUGCCCCUGAUGGCUCUUAUGGAAUGUUUCCUGCUAAUUAUGUGGAGAUAAUCGACUAAUGGAUUUUUCGUUAAUUAAAUUUAUAUAUGACGUAUUUGUAUGAACUCAGUUGGUGUAGAAGUUGUAUCUGAAAUCAUCUGUGUAUAAAAGCGCUAUAUUAUUAUUCAAUGCUUGAAUACAUUAUUUUAUUUAAAAAACUGGUUUGGGGACUGCAAGUGGGGAAAGUUGGUUAAAGUAAAAAAAAAAAAAUCACCAAAGCUGGGCUGAUUAUGUUUUUCUGUAGCCAUUCUAUUGGCAGCAAGAAAGAACCAUGAAAACAUUAAAUUCAAUGGUUUUAUAUUUUGUGGUUUGACAUCGAGUAUCUUGUUCCAUUCUGUUAUGUACAGGCAUCAUUUAGUCACCUGAUUCAAACUUUAGUAUUUUGUUUUAAAUGUUUAAAUCUAUGAAUAUUGUAGUAAAUUUUUUAGAAGAUUUUUAAGCCAUGGCUGUUACUGACUGUUAGAUUUUUCAGUGAUCAUUUUGUCAAAUUGCUCUGGCAAAGUACACAUGUGAAUGGAACAUAGAAUUCAUGUUAGGUUUGAACAUUGCCUAAGAAUAUUUUGUUAAAUAUCGAUACAAGUCUCUAAUUUCAGCUUAAUUUUCUAGGUUGUUUGGGAAGAAGGGUUCAAAGUUUUUUGUUUUGUUCCUUGUGUCAUUUUU